UCUCUGUCUCUCUCUCUCUCCCUUCUUCUACUCCAUUUUCUCUCAUUUUUCUCAUUUUCUUCAAUCAGAAAAUUCAGAAAUCGAAUUUCCCAAUGCAUGUUCUUGCAUUCCCAUGCAAUUCGAAGUUCCGAUACUUCUAUUUUCUCUGAAAUUUUCUUCUGGAAAUUCGAUAGAAGAAAGAUAGAAAUCGAGAGACAGAGGGAGGGCAAUGUAUGAAGCUGUGGAGAACUCCGUUACUGGCGGAUACUCGCAGUUGCAGAGCUUCGAAGAGAGUAGCGAGGAGGAGCUCUCGGUGCUCCCGCGGCACACCAAAGUGGUGGUGACGGGGAACAAUCGGACGAAAUCGGUGCUUGUUGGGCUGCAAGGCGUUGUGAAGAAAGCUGUUGGGCUCGGCGGGUGGCAUUGGCUGGUUCUUACCAAUGGCAUUGAAGUUAAGCUGCAAAGGAAUGCCCUGAGUGUGAUCGAGGCUCCGACUGGUCAUGAGGAGGAGGAUGACACCGAAUGUGGAAACAUGCAGUGGAAUGGUUCAUGUAUGACCUCGGAAGACACCCACAAGCCCCACCAACUGAGACAUCGGCCACAUAAAACAAUCGGCUCGCCUAACAAAGCCGCAAGCCGCUCUCAUUCAUGUGAUUCACAGUCUAAGGGAUCUGUUUCACCUGCUCAGGGUGUAACUAAGGUUGACUUUAGCAAACUAGAAACAAAGGCGCUCUGGAGAUAUUGGAGACACUUCAACCUUGUGGAAGCCAUUCCUAACCCAUCAAAAGAACAGCUAAUAGAUGUUGUUCAGAGGCAUUUCAUGUCUCAGCAAUUGGAUGAGUUGCAGGUCAUCGUAGGAUUUGUGCAGGCUGCAAAGAGACUGAAGUCCGUCUGCAAUUGAGCGAGCUUUUGCAUCAGGCCCUAACAGACUAGUGCUAGUGGUUUUUUUCCCCCUCAUGUGAAGUUAUCUGCUGUAAAAUAUGUAGUGCUUGGCUUCUUCUAACAGUGAUGGGUACUUUAGUUUUCAUAGACAGGUUCCUGAGAGGAUUGCUAGUUCGAGAUGCCCCAUCUUCAAGUAUCAAACACAUGCACUAUGAAUGCCAGUGCGACACACGUGUGCAGGAUCCCAGCCAUUCAUAGGUUUUUUGCCACAAUAGAGUGCUUCUUAGCCUGAGAAUCCAACUAGCUCAUGAUCAGGUUGGCCACUUGGAUGUCUAGAAAGAAUGACAACAAAAUGUGCGCGUACUCACUUGGAGAGGACAUUGAGGCAUUGCCUAACGAUCGCACGAGAUUCCACAUUUGUGUGCCAGGCCCACACGUGGGGUGCAUCUGUGUUGGGCCUCUGAAGAUGGGUGUGUAGUAUUAGUGUCUUGUUUCUCCUAGUAAUGCUUGCUAUGUAGAUAUGUGAAGUGAUGAAGACAUUGCUGCCACUAUAGCUUUAAGUGUACCUAAAAUGCAGUGCUGACUGUUUGAGAGAGUUGGGGUUUUCUGUGUCUAUGCUAACAGCUUUCUACCAACUCUAGUCUUGGGUUUUGGUGAA